AGGUUGCAACCACAUCAAUUAGAAUCUAUCAUAACUAUGGCUUCCUCAAUUGACCGUAAAUGGAAACGAGAUGUUUUUUUGAGUUUUAGAGGAGAAGAUACUCGUAAUAACUUUUGUGCUCAUUUAUAUGACUCUUUGGUGCGUUCUGGUAUUAACACAUUCAAAGAUGAUGUGAAGCUUCGCAAGGGGGAAGAAAUUUCUCCAUCACUUAUCACAGCAAUCGAAGAGUCAAGAUUUUCAAUUGUCAUAUUGUCUAAAAACUACGCAACAUCUAAAUGGUGCCUAGAUGAGCUUGAUAAAAUUGUUAAGUGUAAAUCAAAUGGCCAAACUGUUUAUCCUAUUUUUUAUGAUGUCGAUACGUCGGAAGUACGUAACCAAGAGGGAAACUUCGGAGUAGCAUUGGCAAAUCAUGAGCGAACAUUAAAGUCUAACCUUAAGAAGAAGGUGCAAACAUGGAAGGAUGCUCUAACUGAAGUGGCCAAUUUGUCUGGCUGGGAUUUAAAGAAUAGGUCCGAAGCAGAGGUCAUCCAAGAAAUUGUUCAGGACAUUUCCAAGCAAAAAUUGAGUAGUAUAAAAAUAAGUAUUGCUAAACACCCAGUUGGAAUAGAAUCUCACGUGAAAGAGAUUAGCUCGCUUUUGGCUAUUAACCCAGAGGAGGUUCGCAAGGUAGGGAUUUAUGGGUGUCAAGGAGUUGGAAAGACAACCAUAGCGAAAGCUAUAUAUAACUGGCAUGCUAGUAAAUUUGAUGGUUGUUCCUUUCUAAUGAAUGUUAGAGACAAGUCCAAAGUUCAAUAUCAAAUGGUCGAACUACAGGAGUUGCUUCUUCAUGAGAUCUUAGGGGAGGAUAUGAAAUUGGGCAAUGUAGAUACUGGAAUUACUGUGAUUAAGGAAAGACUUCGCCAUAAAAAGGUCCUUAUAGUGAUUGAUGGUGUCGAGAGUACAGAUCCAAACCCUUUAGACAAAUUGGCUGGAGGACUGGAUUGGUUUGGUCCUGGAAGUAGAAUCAUUAUAACAACGACAGAAGAACGUGUGUUGAAGACUCAGGACGAUGUUCCUUCAAUCUAUCCGGUGAAGACGAUGGGUCAGAGUGAUGCUAUUCAACUCUUUAGUUGGUAUGCUUUUAAAAAAAACAAGCCUGAGGUGGAUUACAGGAAACUUGUAAAAGCUGUAGUACGUCACAGUAAGGGCCUUCCAUCAGCUCUAGUAAAAUUGGGUUCAGAUUUGUGCUCUAGAAGCAAGGAUUAUUGGGUAUCAAAAAAGAAUGCAAUUGAAGGAGAAAAUCACGACGACAUUUGGAUUAGGAGACUAAAUGGCUUGGUCGAGAGACACUAUAAUGAUGAAUCAGGAGAAAUGCACCCUAGUUUGCUACAACUUCUCAAUGGAACUUUGGAAUCCCCUUCUAAUAAUGUGCACGUCCCUAAUUUCAACAUGAAUGCACUAGAGCAGUGCGAUGAUGUAGAUUGGAAUGAUGAUUUUGAUUUACAGUCAAUCAAAUUUGAGCAAUCUGCUGAAGAAACCUCAUUCCCAGAUGCAGAUGAGAUUAGCAAGCAAGGGAUGAAAGCUUGGGAAGGUGAAAAUGAAAAUCCAUAUGCUGGCGCAACUCAAGAUGUUGAAAAAGGAGAGCAAUGGAGUAAUGCUUCGCAAGGUGGAAGUAAAAACCCAUAUCAUGGUGAACUUGGAGAUGAUGACGCUGCAUCGCAAGGUGGAAACUAUGACCCAUAUUAUGGUGGAGCUAGAAAUGACGACGACGACAAUGACAACGACGAUGAUGAUGCGCAAGGUGCAAGCGAAAGCCCAAAUUAUGGUGGACCUACAGAACAUGGCGUUGCUGGGCAAAGUGGAAAAUAUAAUCUAUACUAUGGUGGAGCUAGAAAUGAUGGUGAUGGUGGGGGCGAUGAUGAUGAUGGUAAUGGUGAUGGUGGUGAUGAUGAUGAUGGUGAUGGUGAUGGUGAUGGUGAUGGUGAUGGUGGGGGCGAUGGGGAUGGUGAUGGUGACGGUGAUCAUGGGGGUGAUGGUGAUGGUGAUGAUUAUGAUGGUGAUGGUGAUGGUGGUAAUGGUGAUGGUGAUGAUGAUGCUGGUAAUGGUGAUGGUGAUGAUGGUGAUGGUGAUGGUGGGAGCGAUGAUGAUGGUGAUGGUGAUGGUGAUGGUGAUCAUGGGGGCUAUGAUGAUGGUCAUGGGGAUGGUGAUCAUGGUGAUCAUGGGGGCGAUGGGGAUGGUGAUGGUGACGGUGAUCAUGGGGGUGAUGGUGAUGGUGAUGAUUAUGAUGGUGAUGGUGAUGGUGGUAAUGGUGAUGGUGAUGAUGAUGCUGGUAAUGGUGAUGGUGAUGGUGAUGGUGAUCGUGGGGGCGAUGAUGAUGGUGAUGGUGAUGGUGAUGGUGAUCAUGGGGGCUAUGAUGAUGGUCAUGGGGAUGGUGAUCAUGGUGAUCAUGGGGGCGAUGGGGAUGGUGAUGGUGACGGUGAUCAUGGGGGUGAUGGUGAUGGUGAUGAUUAUGAUGGUGAUGGUGAUGGUGGUAAUGGUGAUGGUGAUGAUGAUGCUGGUAAUGGUGAUCGUGGGGGCGAUGAUGGUGAUGGUGAUCGUGGGGGCGAUGAUGAUGGUGAUGGUGAUGGUGAUCAUGGGGGCUAUGAUGAUGGUCAUGGGGAUGGUGAUGGUGAUGAUGAUGAUGCUGGACCUACAGAACAUGGCGUUGCUGGGCAAAGUGGAAACUAUAAGCAUUGGGAAGAUUGACUGGGAGCAUCGUGGAAUAAGAUUCGGAGUGUUCGUUGCCAGUAGAUGUUUCAACUCUAGUUCUAAAUAUUGUGAUAUUGUCUUAAUUAUGGAAUAAAUAAACCUCUUGCGCUAUAUCGUUUGCUAUUGAGGUAUGGGUGGCUUAUGUUUGCAUUGUUGUGAGCGGGAUGUGCCCAUGCUCAUCUUAUUUGGUACUCAUUUAUAUUUUCAUCUCCAACUGUUUGAUUACCAGAAUAUUUGACUUUUAAUUUUAAGGAUCUUGUGAGUUCCUGAAAAUUGAUAGUGUUGGUUAUCGGAAUAUUCUGCUAUAGUGUUUAUAUUAUA